UGUCAAUUUGACGUGUUUUGUUCAUCAUCAGCCACUGUUUUUGUGUUUUGGGACGACAAAUUAUUAUAAUUUUAAAUCUCUAAACUAAUUUAAAACAAUGAAGGAGGCAAAGAUGAGCACUCAUUUAUCAGGGGGCCGAUUAAACGUGGCUCUAGUGCAAGAAACAAUGAGAAAAGAGCUGCUAAACUUACUACAACUUUGUGAAGGGCCAAAAGUGACAAUAUGGGAUGAGUGGCUGGCAGGCCCAGUGGGCCUGGUAGCUCAAUACUCCUUGCUGAAGGAGCAUGAAGUCGCUGACAUGUUCCCGCUACGUCCUGGCAGCCUCCCCACAAUAUCCGUCAAGCAUAUUGUGUUUAUUGCCCGCCCAAAACUGACAUUGAUGGACAUUGUAGCUGAUUAUAUUGUUUCCUUGAGAUCCAAGCAAAGUACUCCUGUGGAAUUCCACCUCUUUUUCGUGCCACGGAGAAGUGAGCUCUGUGAGAAGCAUCUCUCCAACAGGGGAGUGAUCAACAACCUCUCCGUCCAAGAGUUCAAGUGCGACAUCUUCCCUUUUGAGAGUGACGUCAUGUCGUUGGAACUACAGAAUGACUUCAGAGAAAACUACCUUGAGGGAGACCCAACAUGCAUCUACAACUCGGCUCAGGCCCUGCGUACCAUACAGCAACUGUAUGGUAUCAUACCCAGGGUCUUUGGCAAAGGAGUUGCUGCUAAACAGGUAUGGGACCUGCUCUGCCGACUGAACAAAGAAGAACAGGGAACUGGCCCGAAGGGUUCCGCCACGUCCUGCAUUGACCACCUGCUGUUGUUGGACCGCGCCAUCGACUUCACCAGUGUCAUGACGACACAACUCACAUACGAAGGACUUAUUGACGAGCUAUUCGGCAUCAAGAACUCUACGGCGACGUUUCCCGGCCACAAGUUCGUGAGCCCAGACGACGCCAGCCCUGAAGUGACCGCGCGCGAGAAGAAACGCAUCAUACUCAACUCCAGCGAGGAACUGUUCGCUGAACUGAGAGAUUGCAACUUUACUGCGGUGGGCGCAGCACUCUCGAAGAAAGCCCGCGUCAUCAAGACGCAGCUCGACGAACGCCACAACGACAAGUCGGUGCAGGAGAUCAAGCAGUUCGUGUCGCGACUGCCGCAGAUGCUGGCCAACAAGCAGGCGCUCGCCACGCACACCGCCAUCGCCGAGUACAUAAAAGAGACGACCGACGAUUUCGACUUCCACGACACCAUCCAAUGCGAAGAGGACUUCGUAAAUUGCAUCGACAAUGAAAAAGUGUGUCCAUUUAUUGAAGACCUCAUCGCCAAGAAAGAGACAUUGACCAAGGUACUCCGCCUGAUCUGCCUCCAAUGCGCGACUGGGUCGGGCCUGAAGCCGAAAGUGUUGGAGUACUACAAACGAGAGUUAGUCCAAGUGUACGGACUCAAGACCUGGCUGACGCUCUGCAACUUGGAGAAGUGUGGACUACUCAAAGUACAGACUGGGACGAGGCAGUACACCGUUCUUAGGAAGGCUUUACAUUUGACCAUGGACGAUUCAGAACUAGACCCUAAAGAGAAGAGCUACUUGUCAAGCAAAUUCACGCCUUUGACAGUGAGACUUAGCGAGCACAUCGCCAAAAACAAAGGGUGGUCUGGUAUUCAAGACGUACUUGGUUCGCUUCCCGGUGCGACAGUAGACGAACUCCAGACACUUCAACCGCGAAUGGUGCGACGGAACUCGAUCUCAAGCGAGAACUCGUCUUUGGAAAACCCACGGGUGAUACUGGUCUUCUUCAUAGGAGGCUGCACUUAUCAAGAGAUAUCGGCCUUGAGAACCAUCAGCCAGCAAGAAGAUUCUUGCGUAGAAUUCGUCAUAUUGACCACUAAACUCAUAAACGGAACUACUUUCAUAGAAACUCUGAUGGAAGAAUAAUGUUAUUGCUUUUUGUAUCUCAGCAUAUAUGCCAUUCCUGUGUUAUUGUAUUAUUAUCGCAAUUUAGUUGUAAGUAAUGUAUUAUUGUCUCUAAUUAGGUUACCAAAGAAUAAGAUUAUAAUUAAAACUUUUUAGAGUAUAUUAAAUAAUAUUUUUUAUAUUUUAUUAAA